GGAGAAUAGCAUCUUUCUUUCACUAAGAAUGUUAGAGGGGAACAUGGAUCUCUCUGCCUUGCCAAACAAUAAUCAUCCUGAUAAAUUCCUUCAAUUGGAUGUGAAGUCCUUAGCAAAAACCUCAGCCUUUUUACAAACCUGGCUUGCUAAUUUUCCAGAGGCAUAUUUUCCUGGGGAACAGCAGUGGCACAACCGAGUCUAUUCACAGAGAGAGAAGAAGAAUGUGAGUGUGCAGCCUGUCUUGCAAUUGGAUGACUCCCAUCCAGCAGUGAUUGACAAAGCCCUUGGAAAACACAUCACACCUGUCACCUUGAAAACUACCAUCAAGAGUAAUCCUCUGUACACUGAUGUCUUUGCUGAAGAUGGCUGGGAGGAAAUGAGAAAAUUCCCAUCUUGGACUGUUCAAGAGUAUGACAGGCAUUCCCUAAACUCUGGCCUGGCUCGUUAUCUAAAGGAAAAUCCAAAUGAUCUACAGUACUGGAUGGAGGACCUCUACACACCAGGAUAUGAUACCUUGUUGAAAAAGAAAGAGAGAGAAAGAAAACGCUCCCAAUGUCGCCUUGUGCUCCUCUUGAUAUUGCUUGCUUGUAUCUUAAUAGCGACAGUGACAGUUUGUGUUCUGUUUACCUGAUUCAGCCAAAUUCAGCCAAUAAAUACUUUUGGACAAGA